UUUGUAAUAAAAACUUUCUCUUUGGGAACUGGGAACUCCCAGCUGAGAGGAGUUUUCCCCCCACUAUGCAUCACUGCAGUUUCCAGGGAUACACGAAGAGAUAGUUCCACUAGAAAACACAGCCUGAUUAACAUAAUUGAGGGAUGAGGUGAGGAGUGGCCAAGUGGUGCGAGGGUUUGGGGCUAUAAAAGAGCUUUUCGAAGUGCUUGGCUACAAGCUGACUGAUUCACUUAAACUACAACACGGCCUACAGCCUGCCCCUGUUUGCACCUGAAGACUAAAGACAAGAAAAGCUCAUCAAAGCUCAGCCGGAUGGUGCAUCUUCUGUAUCUUGUAAAAAUAUGCAGUAUGGAUUUGGUGUCCUCCAUCCUGUCCACUCUCUCUCUUCCCCGUAUCUCCGUCCUGACCCCUGACCCUUGUCUCUCUCCAUCUCCCCCCUCUCCUCCUCCCUCUCAGCAUUCUGACGCUCUGUGUGGCAGCUGCCCGUCCCCUGGUUCUGUCCCACAGGCUAACAGCCUUUGGCCCAGCCUGCCACCGUCUGGUGCUGGGUUCCCUUCAUGGCCGGGACAGCCCACCCAGCCUGCACCGUGCUGGACUGGCCAGCCAAACACACCCUGCUGGCCUGGGACACAACCAGCUCAGUUCUCUUUCCCUGCACCAAGUUCAGCUCCAGCCCAGGGUCAAGCCAUAACACCAGCCCCUGCAUCUCCCACACCCAUGGUCCCAGCUCCAGCUCCGGCUCCAGUGCAGCCCUGCCAGCCUUGCUGGCCAGGCACCCAGUACCAGCUUCCCCAGCCACCAGCUCCAAUUCAAGCUCAAGUCCCUGCUCAAGUUACAGCUCCAACUCCAGUCCCAGCACCUGCUCCUGCUACUGGCAUCCAUCCAAAUGUACCAGGUUGGCCUGCCCACCCUGGUUGGCCUUAUAACCCAGGACAGUCAGGAUGGCCUGGACAGACUCCAUCUAUCAUGCCUCAGCACUGGCUUCCACCUACAUCUGGACCUCUCAGUGUGCCAUACAACUUGAACCUGGCCCGAGGAGUCUAUGACAAGAUGAUGAUGACCAUUUUGGGCCAUGUUAAACCUAAUGCUAAAAUGUUCACAGUGAACUUUCUGAAGGGCAAUGACAUUGCCUUUCACAUCAACCCCCGCUUCAGUGAGGGGGGCAAACAGGUGCUGGUCCGUAACCACAAACUGGGUGAGCGCUGGGGCUCAGAGGAGAGGGACCUGAAGGGACCCUUCCCCUUCGCUCUUGGGAGCCCAUUUGAGAUGAAGAUCCUGUGCACUCGUGAAGCGUUCAGGGUGGCGGUGAACAACAUCCCGCUGUUUGAGUUCCGACACCGCGUCAGAGAGCUCAACCAGAUUGACAGAAUCAACAUCCUGCAUGACGUCGUCCUCACCUACGUCAAUGUAGAGACACUUCCAUAGGAAGAAUUCUAUUACUCAUACAGUACAUGAAUCAACACAUCAAGGACUCAGUCAUGCAUACGAGUCUGUAAAUGCAUAUGAGCAGAAAUGCAUACAAAGAAAUUUGCAGACACACACACAUAUAUAGGCUACAACUUACAGGACGUAAAUUUAUUUAUCAUGAUGCUUAAAGACUGAACAAAUAAAUGUGAUAGUUUGUGGUGUAAUAAUAAUAACAUGAGCUGAGCUCAUUCUAUAAUAUACUUCAGUAAGAUCAAACUCCUUCCUCUACCACACAGCUAACAAUUUAAUACAAGGUUUUCUUUUUCAGUAUGAAGAUGCUACUGCUACUGUAUUUAUUGUGUACAAUAUUUUCUAUAUUAUUAAAUUGCUACUAAUUGGGAGUUAUACAUCUACCUAUUUUGUCAAAAAACAACAAUGAGGUCUAUUAGAUGGCAAUUAGGCUCUGUUAACUGUAACAAAAUGUAAUAAAAUUAUCAGUCAGAAAUCUGGUUUUCAUUAUUUAUUUUUUAAAGAGAGCUUAAAGAAGAACAGUGCAACAGUUAUGUAUAUAAAUACAAAAAUUAUAAAUUUCCAGUAAACCUUAAAAUCAGCACUAUGAAAAGACUAACAGACUGUUUAUGACUGACAUAAAGCAAUGACAACUGAUCUAAAGUUACCACUACAGUACAUUGCAAUUAGGGAUACACCAUUGGCACAAAAAUAUGAAUUACACAGCCUAAACAAAAAAUUUUCCCCGGUCUGUCAUCUAACACUCAAACCCCAAUACAAUCAUUUCUAUCCCCCACCAUGUCAGUUGUGUCCAUCUGUGCAACUGUUUGGUCUGGAGCAAAAUCUCCCUGUAACUGGCCGGAUUGAAAAUUGGUUUUUUAUAUUUAUGGUUCCCCCAGUGGAUGAUUCAUCAUAAGUUUCUAGCACAAUUGUCAUGAAAUUUACAUGUUCCCCACACAAGAUACAGUAUCUCCCAAUACAUAACUAAUAUAUUUUCAUGAAAAUUGCUGGGCACAAUAAUAUCACUCAAGAGCAUAAACCUUUUAGAUUUUAAUAAGCCUAAGUUACGUGCUGUCGACCUUAGGACAUAUUUCAUGUUUUUAUAAAAAAGUACUAAGAAAGUGUUUACUGUAUCCUUUAAUUUUUUAAUGUUGGAAAGGAAUAAAGAAAGCUAUUGGAAUUUCCAAAAUAA